GUGACCCUGCUGUGCUCUGCCCCAGCCUGUGACAGAGCUGCUCGCACCAUGUGGAGGACGCUCAUCUCCUCCAGAGGGACUAAGGAGCCGGUGCUGCAGAUCCUCUUCCGUGUGCUGGAUUUCUGGCCAGCGCACAGGACACGCACCUCUGAUGGGGAUGAGAGCGAUGUCUUUGCCCUGGCUGCAACUGUGGCACUCUGGGAGAUCCUCCAGCUGCACUGGUGCCCAGGGGGAGUGAAGAACAAUUUGCCCCGCCUCCUUCUGACUCUGCUCUUCCAAGUUUUCAUCAGCACAGAGGAGAUGUCAGAGGAGGUCGAGACCUUCUGGGGGCGAUGCCGGGAGCAGCACAGCCUUCCCCCCAACCCCAACAGGUUUGCAGUGCAGACUGUGAAAGCCCUGCUGCGCCAGCUGCUGGAUGAGGACAUGUUGAUGGUGAUCGAUCGCAAGUGUGGCUGGGACACGCUCCUCAAGGCUGACACCCACCACUAUGCAGUGGGUCUGCUGGCCAGGGAGCUGUGCCGUAUCUCCCGCUCCUUCUGCCGCAGCAUCGCCGUCAGCCUGCUCCCGCGGCUCAGCAGGGAAGAGCCCCUGUGGGAACUGCCUGCCCUGGCGUUCCUGGUGGAGGUGCUGCACUGCCUGAACCCCAGACAAUGUGGGCUCAGCGUCCUGCAGAUUAUUUCAAGGCGCCUGUGCAGGGAGUGCCCCGAGAGGCGUCGCCUGGCGCUCCGAGGCCUGGUGGUGAUCAGCAAGGCUCCCGCAAUGGCUAAGAGCAUCUGGAGCCUGAAUGAAAGCCUCCUGGAGCUACUGCAGGAUGCAGACAGAGACGUGGUUCGGUUGACCCUCUCUGCGUUCAUCAAUGUGCUGCACUUGAAAAUCAUCCAAAUAUCCAGCCCCACUGCCCUGAAGAUGCUUGAGGCGCUGGGGCCACUCUUUGACAAUGAGCACAGCCAGCUGCAGCAGCUCUCCAUGCUCCUCUUCCGGGAGGUGAUGGAAGCAACAGAGAGGAACAAAAGCCUAAAGCCACAUGUCUACCUGAGGCUGGUGCCAUUCUACUUCAACUGGCACGAUGAGAACCAGCGUGUGGCAGAGGCCUCUCGGGAAGCACUGUUUGGUGCAGCCAGGUUCCUGAAGUGGAGGGAUCUUGAGCACCUGGUGACCAUGGAGCAGCCGUGGAAGUUUGCCGAGUGCCUGCUGGAAAAGGACAGGAGCCGAGUGGGCCAGUACGUGCGCCAGGCCCUGCCGUACCUGGAGAGCCCAGAGGAGACCCUGCAAAAGCUGGCCGUCAAGUUCCUGG